UUUCAUAUAUUCGGUCAAUUCCGUCUUUAUCCUUGGCUUCCCUCCACAUUUUGAGCAUUCAUCAUCCUCUCUUCCUUCUAAAACCCUAGCCGAAACAACUCUCUCCCUCUCCUCUCGUCGCGGCCCUAAAUAUGACUGUAGAAUUUGAGGACGGUUACGCGGCGGAGAGGCUCUUUAACCAGGGCUUCUCAUACACCUAUGACGACAUUAUCUUUCUUCCUCACUACAUCGACUUCCCAACUGAUGCUGUUUCUCUCUCUACUAAUCUUUCGCGGAAUAUUCCUCUCUCUAUUCCUUGUGUAUCUUCGCCUAUGGACACCGUCACUGAAUCUUACAUGGCGGCUGCUAUGGCCGCCUUGGGAGGUAUUGGUAUUAUUCAUUCUAAUAUGCCCCCUUCUCACCAAGCUCAUAUGGUCAGAUCUGUUAAGUCUCGCCGCGUUCCUAUUUUGUCCAAUCCUGUUUUUAAGUCCCCUGAUUCCAGAAUUGUUGAUCACUUCGAUGAUGAUUCUCUGCCUUGUGUCUUAGUUACCGAGUCAGGUACUGCUAAGUCCAAGCUAUUAGGCUAUGUUUUCAAGUCCGAUUGGAUGUCUCUAAGUGAUAAAGAUGCUAAAUUGGUUGAUUAUAUGCGCGCUGCUGAUUCAACAAUCUCUGUGCCGUGGAGUUACGACUUGGCACAGAUUGAUGCCUAUCUUAAAAAAGAAGAGCGUGAUUUUGUGCUGCUGGAGGAGGGUGGAGAGGUGCUGGAUGUAAUCACCAAGCAAGAGGUGGAGAGGGUGAAGGGCUAUCCCAAGAUAGGUAAGGGGUCAGUGGGGUCUGAUGGUAAAUGGAUGGUUGGGGCAGCCAUUGGGACUAGGGAAUCUGACAAAGAGAGAGUGGAGCAUUUGGUGAAAGCAGGGGCGAAUGCAGUGGUGUUGGAUAGCUCACAAGGGAACUCCAUUUAUCAGAUUGAAAUGAUAAAUUAUAUUAAGCGAACUUAUCCACAGUUGGAUGUGAUUGGUGGGAACGUGGUGACUAUGAAUCAGGCGCAAAAUCUGAUUAAGGCAGGUGCAGAUGGAUUGAGAGUUGGAAUGGGAUCUGGGUCAAUUUGUACCACCCAGGAAGUUUGUGCAGUUGGACGAGGACAGGCAACUGCUGUUUACAAGGUUUCAUCUAUAGCUGCACAGAGUGGUGUUCCUGUCGUUGCAGAUGGUGGCAUUUCAAACUCUGGGCAUAUUGUCAAGGCUUUGACUCUUGGUGCAUCUACAGUGAUGAUGGGAGGCUUUUUAGCUGGAAGUACUGAAGCUCCUGGGACCUAUUUGUAUAAGGAUGGUUAUCGAAUUAAAAAAUAUCGUGGCAUGGGUUCUCUAGAAGCCAUGACAAAAGGAAGUGAUCAAAGAUACUUGGGAGAUACAGCUAAGCUAAAGAUUGCACAGGGAGUUGUGGGAGCAGUUGUGGAUAAAGGCUCUAUUUUGAGGUUAUUGCCUUAUACCAUGCAAGCAGUCAAACAAGGGUUCCAAGAUCUUGGUGCUACUUCUCUCCAGUCUGCUCAUGAUUUGUUGAGAUCAAAGACUUUGAGACUUGAGGUUCGGACAGGUGCUGCACAAGUUGAAGGUGGAAUACAUGGGCUGGAUUCUUAUGAGAAGAAGGCGUUUUGAAUUGGAAAAAAAAAUCCUCUUGCAUUUAUUCUUGCUGCCAAUGAUUGGUUUCCUGCAUUUGGGAUGGAGAGCAUGAGAGCAACAUUUGAGUCUACUGCUAUGAUCUAGAGAGGUGGGAAUCUGGCUCUGCUAUGGCAAUUUGCUAUCAGUUUGCUGAGGUUUUUUUGCUGGGAUAACCAGAAGCAGAAACGCCUAAUUUGUUGUGUGCUCUUUCUGGAAGGGUAUGAGAGCAGUGUGGAAUUCAUCUCUUAGUCAAUUUUGGGAUUUAGUUGAAUAACUUUUAUUUUAUCAAUUUAUGAACUAAUAGAACUUUUCAUUUAUUGUUCUUUGGACGAAAAGACGAAGUAAUAACCUUAUUGUUUACAAGCAAUAAGUGGACGUUGGACGUUUCAUAUUAUCGUAAGGAAUGAAUAAUGCUUUAGCUGCUUGUGUUUUUGGUCCA